AAGCAAAGGCAAACAAUCCUUGGAAGUAUUGUGAUCAGAAAACAAAUCGAUAAUUCAUUGUAAGAUCUCUACUAUAGAAACCUAAAUGGUCUGAGGUGAAAAGUGUCUCUUCCACACUACUUCAGUCCACCAGGUAUUGGCACCAUGUCUCAGCGGGUAGCCUUCAGCAGGUGUACUACUGAUACCUUAGUAAGCAUCCCGCGAUGUCCCCACCGUCUUCCAAAUGCUGCGCUUGUGGGACACAACAGACCAUCAAAACCCUCCAUCAAUACACCCUGCAGACCUGGCAUCGACAGCAUUAUGUGCAGAGCAAGUGCGAACAGCACGACAGAUGAAGAAGCAUUGACGAGUCGCAUGGAGCUCGACCCCGUCAUGGAGGGGGAGUACUGCAUGCCUGGAGAGAUUGAGAUCGACAAUGAAGGGGACUUCACCAAGCUCACCAUUGAGGUCAAGGACUACCCAGGUCUUUUGCGAGUCAUCACCUGGGUACUGAAUGGCUUGGAUCUUCUUGUGGAGACUGCAAAGCUGACUACAGACGACGAGGGCAUGGCGAAGAACGUCUUUUGGAUCACAGACAGGCGCGGCAACAAGCUCAGCAAUUUCCAUGCGCGCAUGCUGCAGGAGAGGGUGGGCGACUUCGUUGUGUACUGCACGCCAGACUCCAAGACGCUGUCAUCGCACAGAUUUGAGAGCGGCGCAAUUGUGGUGGACAACGAGGAGGAUGAGAAGUUCACAGUGGUGAGCAUUGCGGAGGGCAAGGAGCGAGUCAGCGCCCUGCUGGACGUCGCGUCAGCCAUGACCGGCAUCGGUGUCAUCAUCCACGAAGCCAUUAUCCAGGGCGACAAGAAGCAGGCGGAGCAGCUGCUGGGCAAUGGGCGCACGAGCGGAGUGACGUUCAAAUUCUGGGUGAGCGACAAGCAGAAGAAGAAGCUCGACUAUGCGCGCGCGACCGCGCUGCUCUUCACUCUCAACCUCGUGUUUGGCAACAGCAGCGAUGCGCGCCUGCGGACCCCCAUGCCCCAACAUGCUGUCGCCUGAUUCUUGAAUUCUAAAUUUGAAUCUGAAAGGUUAGUUAGGCUAUAUGCAGUUCUGUGUCUUGGCUGCGAGAGGGGAAUGGGAACAUUUUCCUUUAGCUGCUGUGUGCGGCUCGUUGUCCAGGUUGAUGAUAGGAGAUCUCUAGAGUUUGCUCUGAUGGAUAAUUUUAUGGUAAAUCUAGUCACAUCUGUCCUGCACUCGUUGAAAACUCUGCUGUAUGGCCAGGCCAAUAGGACUGGCUUUUCUGACCUCUUCAAAAUUUGAACCAAGUUAGUCUUUAGCCUGUGGAGGCAGUAAUUAAGUAUCUGACCCUAAGACCGCAACCAGGCACAACAUUCUGUAAAUACUCAGCUCCAAUG